AUGGACAGUAAAGGGCAGCUGCGCGAGCGCGUGUUCAGGCACCUGGACUGCGACGGCGACGGCAACGGCAACUGGUUCUUGGAGGCGGCGGACCUGGUGAGGCUGGCGGAGGGCAGCGGCGAGGAGGAGAGGAGGAGGGGGCUGAGGGAGGCGUUUCGGAUGUUCGAGACGACGUCGUCUACGCUGUCGCCGGAGGAGGAGGAUGCUGGUGGGAGAGGGAGAGGGAGUGAGUGUAUUACGGCCCACAGCCACAGUUUGAGAAGGAUGCUGGGGAAGCUGGGGGAGAGGAGGACCGUCGGCGAGUGUUUGGCGAUGAUCGCCCGUAUUGAUCUCGACGGCGAUGGGGUUAUUAGUUUUGAUGAGUUUGUGGUUAUGAUGUCUUGA